CUGUGAGUGGUGUAUGGUCGACAGCGAUGGGAAGACCCAUCUGGAUAAGUCCUGCUGUGCCCCUCAGAAGGAAUGCUUCGGUGGCAUUGUGGGAGCCAAGAGCCCCUACGUGGAUGACUUGGGAGCAAUAGGGGAUGAGGUGAUCACUCUGAACAUGAUCAAGAGUGCACCCGUCGGCCCGGUGGCUGGAGGCAUUAUGGGCUGCAUUAUGGUGCUUGUCCUAGCAGUGUAUGCGUAUCGGCACCAGAUCCAUCGGAGGAGUCACCAGCACAUGUCACCUUUGGCUGCUCAGGAAAUGUCAGUGCGUAUGUCCAACCUGGAAAAUGAUAGGGACGAGAGAGACGAUGACAGCCACGAAGACAGAGGAAUCAUCAGCAACACCCGGUUCAUAGCAGCGGUGAUGGAGCGGCAUGCCCACAGCCCGGAACGCAGGCGCCGGUACUGGGGGCGGUCGGGGACGGAGAGCGACCACGGCUACAGCACGAUGAGCCCUCAGGAGGACAGUGAAAACCCUCCGUGCAAUAACGACCCGCUGUCGGCUGGUGUGGAUGUUGGAAACCACGAGGAAGACUUGGACCUGGACACCCCCCCUCAAACAGCUGCCCUGCUGAGUCACAAGUUUCACCACUACCGGUUGCACCACCCAACUCUCCACCACAGCCACCACUUGCAGGCUGCAGUCACGGUACACACUGUGGAUGCGGAAUGCUGACGGACAGCGAGGAAAGGAGCGUUCACUCCUGAGCCGUGAUCCAUGCAGCCACGGGCAGCUCUGUUCCUGUGCUUUUCCCCAGGGCUGAUUUCACUGACUUCCCAAGUAAACUGUUAGGAAUAAGAGCUUUACAUUUGUACAAAUGUAAGGCUGGCUCUGGAACGGGAGGGAAAUGGGUUGGAUGGAUGGACCUGCCAUCACCUUUAAUAAGGUGGAGCAGGAGGAACGUCAGACCUGCAGAAAGGGACCGUGAGUUUAUAGAGCAGCUGAAGCUUUGGAAGCCCCGUCCUGCUGAGCCAAGAGGAGAGAGCGGGGAAGAGCCAGAGAUGAUUUGGUUUCCUUAACUGGAAGAGCAGGAAUCUGUGCAGCUGAAGCCUAAAGAAGUGCCAGAUAGAGGCAUGGGGAGGGGAAGGCUCUUGGUUUCACUGCAGUUCCUUUGGCACGUCGAAAGGACCCUGCUCCGGUUGCUGCAUGGAACCUGGGACAACGCAGCUCAAGAUUUUUAAGGAAAGGAUUAUUUUUCUACUAUUUAUUGAACUGGAAACUCUUGGGGGGAGGGAAGGGAGAAGACAUGUUAGCAAUUCUCAAUGACUGCCACAUAUAUUCUGUGAUGGUGAAGUGGUUCUUCUGAGGAAGACAUCUGUUUCUCAUUAGCCGAUACUCAUCCACUGCCCCCCUCUGCAAAGGGGAACAUGAAGAAGUCCUUUCUGACGUGUUUACAUGAGGAAUGCUUGCUUUUCCACACUUGUUUUCUGUAAAUAUCACAACUGAUUUAUAUUACAGUAUUUUCUGCCUAUU